UUUUGGGUGCGAAUUUUUAUAAAUGCCAGUGUCGCAGCACAAUUCAAAGAUUCGUCUUUCGGUCGUGCAACACUCAACUACUUAUUUGCUUAUUUGCCAAGCAAACAGCUUUAAAUCGCGUCGCAUUUCGCUUAACAGCAUAGAAGUUGCUCGUGCUCGUCUUUCACACGGAUACGCUGCCGCCGGACUAAAUAGAGUUUUAUUCGCGCAAACAGUGGAAUUUUCGAUUUUUUUUAAUUUAAUUUUUAUAAUUUACUUUUUUUUUUUGCUUGAAACUUUGUGCCUUUUAGCCUCGCGGCAACGGAUACUCACGACUAGCAAUUGUGACAGAGAUUUGCUAAAUUUGAAAAAAAACAAACAAAAACAAAAAAAAGUUGAAACAAAAUUGCACUAACUUAAUACAACAACAAAGCAAGAAAUUAUUUAUAAAAACGAAAUUAAAUGUGCAAAGUUUUGUAAUACCAAGCGUAACGAAAAUUUUUGCGCUCAUUUCUUGUAGUGUCAUUGUUGUGUGAAAAGACUGUGAAGCGGACAAUUCUGCGCGCCUGCGCGGAUUGUACUUAUGUUGCAAAGACCAUGUUGAAUGAUACUUAGGAUGUUGUCACUUCUUUGGUUGGAUUGAUUGAUUCGUGAUUGAUUAAGUGCACUAAAGUGUAGACACAAAUUUUACUUGAAAUACUAGUCCUUGGAGAAACGAUUCAAUAGGCGUUUAUAUAAGAUUCAACUGCUGCAGGCGGUCAACACUGGCUGUGGAUUAAAAAAAAAAAAAACAACAAAAUGAGGGUGAUUCUCCUUAUUUGCUGUUUCAUAUUUGGCAUUUUAAUUGUCCACUCUGAAACAACAAACGAUGCCAAAUCUGCUGCAAGCGCCGCUAUACCAACUUCAGCAUCAACACUAACUGAGAUCACGUCGCUAACGUCAACGCUAGCCAGUGCACCAACGACAGACGAAACUGCGAAAGAUAAACGUCAAGUUGGCGCGAAAGAUGAAGCUGUUUACGCAAAUCAUCGCUCCGACACUGCGGACGCUGAUGAUCCGGAAAAUCCACAGGAAACUAUUUAUGGCCCGAAACCAACUCAAUUCAUUAUACGUCCUAUUGCACCGCAUGAACACCAGCAGCAUGAAGAUCAUCAGCCGCCACAGUUGCGCAAUUAUCCGGCGACAAUACGACCACACAGCACACAGUUGUUGGAACAAAGUCAAGAGAUUCAACAUUUUGCAUAUCUGCAAGACAUCAAUCGCAAUCACCCGAAGUCUACUUCCGCCGCUUCGGAAUUGACCGGUAAAACACAUUCGGCGCAGCAAUUGAAGAAAGGUGUCAAGUCAGGACGUGCUCAUGCACCUGCCUCGCAGUAUCGUGGCAAUGCGGAAGGUGCCGAACAACAAUAUGCUGUUGCCAUACAGCCACCCAAUCCAACAGCCGCGCAGGCGCCACAUUAUGGAGCGCCACCACAACAGAUCGCGCCACGUUAUCAUAUUGCGGUACCAGUACAGCAACAGCAACAAUUAGCACCUGCAGUUCAAGCUAGCGCACCACAACAUUUGCCACAACAACCCUAUCAAAUUAUACCCGAAGAAGAGUUCCUAAGACUUUUGGAAGAUGAGCUGCGUGCACGUGCUUUUCACGAAGCCCAAUACCGGCAGCAGCAGCAGCAGCAGCAAACUGCACCAGCACCGUUACCAACAAAACGACUACCCUUGCCACAUCCUACUGAACGCAUCGGUCAAGGUUUAGGCAGCUACCGUCAACAAGCGCAGCCACAGCCUCAAUCGCUUGCCGAAGAGCCAACACCCCAAUAUGUGCAGUAUGUGCCACGCCACCGCGGUGGACCUAAGUAUCUGCCGCAGCCCCAGCCUCAACUACAGCCGCAACAAGUUGAGCCACAAGCAGCCGAACCGGCGGCAGAGGCACCACCACCCAUACCACCUCAGCUAGCCUACUAUCAACCGCAAGUGAGUUACAAAACAUUGCCAAAUCAUCCGCUUGCCAAGUCAUCAUUAGAGAAUGAAAUUGAAAAGCUGCUAGCCGCAAAUAAACCUUCGCCAAUUCAGCUAACGGAUAAUUCCAAUGAACCAUCUGCUGUAGUGCAUCAGCACCACCAGCCACCACAGCAGCAGUUGCAACCACAUCCAAUACCGCGCCCGCGUCAAUAUGCAGUGCAGCAGAAAAUUUAUUCGUCACCAAGCAACUCACAACCGACACCCACACCGCUGGUAGAUGCGAACAAUCAGCCAUUUAUACCCUCUUUGUUUAGAUUUAGCAACUUACAACAGCCAACACCCAUUUAUCCUACACAAGUGCCACAACACGUUGUCGACUCCAAGAAAUUGGGACCAGUCAUCUAUCCACCAACUCAAGCACCCACGCCAGCACAACAGUCACAACAGCCCACGCAAUACUUCUAUCAGGAACUGGCACCUACGGCCAGACCCAAAACUCACCGCUCGAAUAAGUACGGCUCAAAAGUCUCUACUUCUUCGCCAAAAUUGCGCGAGAAGGAGCCGCCAAACUACCCGAAUGUACCCGCCGCGGCUAAAUAUCUUAACCCACAUUUGUAUUACGAUUACGACCGACAACCCAGUGGUCAGAGCUCGCCUGCGCAAUUCCAUCCCAGCCCUCCAGAUCCAAACACCCCCACGGUUGAACAACAACAACCACAACUUCAGCAUCAGCAGCAAGUACAGGCACAUCAUUACUCAGCUCCAGCGCCCGCACCACCACCACAAACACACUCAGGCCGGCAAUACAUUUCCCCACCACCAGCACCAUCGCAAUCGAGCAUUUUUGUCGCGCAAGGCACAGGCAUCGCUACACCAUCGCGUAGCAAUGCGGUCAAGACGAAGUCCAUCGAAGACGUACGUCAAUUACAUUUGCCACAACCAGGCGGCAAACCGCUCACACAAAGUGAAUUUCAAGCUUUGAUCGAUGCUGGCUACCCAGUUACGGCUGUACCCGUGCCAAUACCUGUACCUUACGAGCAGUAUAUCAAAGAACAUCCAGAAUUCCGCAAUCAACCAGUGGACUAUGCGCAACUGAUGCAACGUAUAGCACAGCAAUAUGGUCCACGUAGAUUACUGCAAGCUCAACCCUCUGAACCAUCAGCAAAUGUUGUGUCCGCGAUGGCAGAUGCACAAACUGCGACGGCUAUCGGUGGUGGAAAUAUAACCUACCUGCGCCCAGUGGCCGAACAAAAAAGGCAUCCACGUGAUGAGGCGGAAACGGCUGUAGCUGGAAAAACGGAUGAAGCCAAACAAUAAUGUGCGAAUACAUUUACAAAUGUAACAAUAGCUUUUAACUGUAUUUUAUCGUCGAAUUGUCGAACAAACGAAGAAUCUAGUAUAGUCCCAGAACAUGCACGGCAUCAAGCCAAGGCGAGCCGGAAAUUUAAAAAUGUUUAGCAACAAUGAAAAAAGAACUAAAGUGGGCCAUAAUUCGAAUUGCAAGUAGUAAAAAAAUCUAAAGACACCCCAUGAAAAAGGUUUUGCAAGUAGACUUUAGGCUUUGUAGGCUUUCCAGGCCUAAGCUUUCUUCAAAAAAAUUGGCCGGUGUUCUUUGUAUCAUAUCAUACGUCUUCAGACUCUAGAUUAGCAGCGAUUCAAUCAGCUAUAAGAUUGGUAUGACACAAAAAGCACUGAAUACUUAGUAUGGAGCUCUAAAUGUGUUUUCGACAGCUAAAAUUACAUAUGCAGGGUGGCCUAGACGACCCGUCACCCACUCUAAAAUGGAAGGAAAUGUUUUUAUUGAAAAACGCAAAAAUAUGGCUUGCCAAAUCAAGGUGCUCUAUCUUUUGCUUCUAUUACCGACUUUCAAUUUCGACCGGACGUGGGUUAAACUGACCAGAAGUCCAUUUUUUUUAAUUAAACGUACAUGUUUUUACUACAGAAUAUAGUUCUGAGGAUAAAAGUACGUAACUUUUGUUUGAAACUUUGUUCUCGUAAGUGCCUUUUUCAAUCUCUAAAUGACCUUCAAACUUCAACUCGCCCUGCAAAACGAAAAAAACAUGGAUGGAUGCUGUAUCUUUUAGUUGUAUUACCGACUUUCGGUUGUGAUUAAAGCAUGUGGGAUAUGCAUAUUUAUACCACGGAUUUGUUAGGUUUUUUUCGUAUUUCAAUAAAAAAACAUUUCCCUCCAUUUUAGAGACGGGGGGACGGGUGGUCUAGGACACACUGUAGAUUCAAAACUAGCAGUCGAUCAAGAAUCUCGCUAUUGGAUCUCUGAAUCUUGACGAAAUCGCCCCGUUUGGGACCAGUUUUGAGACACAGUAAUGGUGUUGGUCAAAAUAAAGGCUUGGAAAAUGUUUAGGAUUGAAUCCUUACUAAUUUUUGUAGAAUCUACUUUUUAUUUUCAUACAUAUAUUGGGCUUCAUUAGCAUAACAGGUGGCCUUCGUCAACUCUGCAGCUUCUGCAGAAUUAGUUAUGGGAGACCUCUAACCUCUCCGCGUGCCUUCCGAUGGCUACAUGGCUCGUUAGCAAACCUGUCUUAAACUUAACUUAAUUCGGUGUUCAAAGACUUCGUUAAGAUUUACCCCGCCCUUGAAGCGCAAACAAUUUCGAACUUUGAUCAAUCGUUAAGAUCGAAAGAGUUUGGGGUCUAACCAUGGAAAACUCGAAUUUAUAUUUAUGAACAAUAUAUAAAUUUAGGUAGUUCAUUUCUUGGACUAGAAAAGUUGCGAGUCUUUCAAGGAUUUCGCUAAUUGUCUCACUUUUACCACCGAAAGAACUCAACUUUUUCCACAUUCCUAAUUAUGUUACACAACAACCCCUUAUAGAGAAAUUCAGCCUCUUUACUUGAGUUUCAGUAUAUCAGGACCGAAUAGAAUCGACAAUUUUUAGUCUUCGCUGUUCCUUGAUGUUGCUUUCCUUGACAUCUAGCCUAAGUAAAUUAAAAGCUUCCUUCAGCCGGAUUCCGACAUUCGCUAUCGCUAAUUUGGUCGCCAAAAAUCUCCAAAAGAAUACCAGGCGCCCCAAAAAACACACAACAUCUAGUUGCAUGCCCUUCAAACUGCCUGAUUUGGCUGAUUACACAUUGGCACUAUUACUUUUCCAUGUUGUAUACUUUUAGGCCCCACAUCUUUCCGUUUAGAGAAUUUCAACAACGAAAAUUUUCCGUAGCGAUUAUUAGAAUUUCACUGCUGGAUAAGCUGAGCGUGGAGUUCGGCUGCUUUGUGACAGAACAGUCGUGCCAGUGUGGGACAGUGUAUCAAACCAGAGAAGAGAUAGGAGAGGUACUUUUUGGCUUAAGUUUUCCAUCAUGGAUUUGGGUCGUAUGGAGAUCGUUAACGACUUAGUGGAGACUUUGGAAAGCAAGCACUGUUGGAUGCUUGCCUAUGUCGGACACCGUAGACACAACGGCAUGGCAAAUUAGUUGUGAACUAGUGGCAAAAUAGAGCUGGUUCUUUUCACAUAACUUCUGAUAUCCCCGCACAACCUCCCUCAAUUGACAGUAUUCUCCUUACGCUCUCUCACGGGUUGAAGUAUCUGGGCUAGAAUCUAGAAACCGAUCAUUGACUAGGCAUAAUUAUAUAAGGCACACUGGCUUUUUAACUUUUACUUCUUCGUGAUUGUGAUUUCCUUAAUAUAAAGGGAGCUAUCAAUAACGUUCAGGCUAAGGUAAUAGUAAACUCCGUGGAAGUGUGGGACAGCGCAUCCAAGGAAAGAAGAAUGAGGAGGUCAAUGUUGUUCCCGACAACAAUGGACAGAGCUGACACCAUUCUCGGCAAGGUAACAAGACCAUUAAGAGCGAUCAUUUCGAGCCCGUUUUGGGACCUUUUCAGCAUCUUUCGGUACUAAUUCGGGAUGAUUUCGGGACCGUUUUAGGACUAUUUCAGGACCAUUUCGGGACUUAUUCAGGACUAUUAGUAACUAUUCUGGCAAGGUAAUGAGAUCAUUAAGAGCGAUAAUUUCGGGCCCUUUUUGGGACCUGUUCAGGGCCAUUUCGGAAUCGUUUUGGGACAAGUUCAGGACCAUUUCCGGGUUUUUUCAGGAAUAUUUAGUACCAUUUUGCGACUUGUUCAGGACUGGGUUUUCGACCGUUUCGAGGCAUGCUCACUACUAUUUCGGUAUCGUUUCGGAGCUGUUUCAGGACCCAUUUAGGGACUGGUUCGGGACUAUUUUCGGGCUAGUAAUGGGCCAUUUCAGGACCGUUUCAUAGCUUAUUCGAAAUCCUUUCGGGACAAGUUCAUUACUUUUUCAGAACCACUGUAAGACUACUUCAGGAUAAUUUUGGGACUAGCUCGGGAUCAUUUCGGGAAAAUUAGAACCUAGUCACGAAAUGAUUCUGAAAGUGGUUAUGAAAAAGUCGUGUACUGGUCCCGACAAAAUGAAUAAAAUUAAAUGAAAUUUAUGUUUACUUUGAAACCUAAUCAAUUUAUGUAUGUAACGAAAUCGCUUAAUGCCUUGCCAUGCAGUCAAGUGAACUUCAACUAACCCCCCAAUUAUGAAUUUUCAUACGAUAGACGAUAAACGCUUGCAGGCGUAUCGUAUGAAAUCAGUUCUCGUACUAUCGUACGUCCGACAGAUGUAUUGUUGUGAAUGGAUCCGCUAACUAUCGGUUUUCCUACGACAACGUAGAUUUAUAAUAGAAAAUAACAGAAUGCAAGCGUUUAUCGUGCAUAGUACGAAUUCAUAAUAGGGGGGUAAACGAAACCACUAUUCAAAACUGGUCUACCCAUUCGUUACAAAGAAAUCAUCAAUAUAUAAUAUUCAAAUAUGUAUACAAUAAAACAGAAUUAAACGUACGGAAUAUUGCGCAACGGCCCACUUGCUGUUAAAUAAGUUUCAGUUGGCACUGUAAUGCACAUUUAUUUAUAAUUAUGUAAUUAUAUGUAUGUAAUUUUUAAUUUUAAAUAUCAUAGAGUACGCGUAUAUUUCGAAACACAAUGACGUUCAAGUAAAACCUAUGCAGCAUUUGAAAAUGACUAAUAGUAGAGAAUUUAUAAAACAAAAAUCAUACAUAGAUAUAUAUAUCCAUACAUUCAUUUUUGCAAUGCAUUUUACGAAAACGUAGUUCAAAUUUUAUUAAAGAUUAUUAUUAUACAUAUAUGUAUAUGUAUGUAUAUUGUAAAAAAUGCUGCUAGAAAACUUUAAGCUGUCAACAAACUUGUUGCGUGUAAUUUUAGCAAAUUA